UCCACUUCUUCUUUUCUUCCCAUCUAUUCGAGUGUCUUUUUCAUCUGAUCGAAAAUAGAGUUUCGUUUUCUAAGAGGAAAUUCUUUCCUCAGUUUUUCAUAUCCCCAGCUUGCAGACAAAGGGAACGACUCAGUUUCGACAGACCUGGUGCUGGUCGUUUCCGGAGAUGGUGAGUCCCAACCAAUCGGGUUGGCCCGCAUAUAAGCUUCGCUCUGUGAUCCAACGACAGCCUGUCGGCCUUCAAAGUUCGCAGAGGCACAAUUGGAUUUCAGUACCGCUCGAUUUCAAUUUCUUCCUCACUAAUGUUGUCGACCCAUUGCAGUUUGCAUAAGAGAGGGAGAUGAAUUCAACCGAUCAAUGUACAACUGUUAAGAAUUAAGUGAAACGAGGAUAAAAUGGACGAGUAAAUGGAUAAUAAACAAUAAACAUGCUCCAAAGUCCAAAAGAUGGAGGAGAAGAAAGUUGGCCCCUGUCCAGAGGGCUAAGAGAUCGAAGGAUGGCAAAUUGAGAAACAAGAUUAUUGGAGUUCGGAGAAAGCACAAGUAUGGUAAUUCACAAAUAGGACAUGGAGUUUGGAGAAUGGACAGAUAUGGUUGCGAUGAAGCACAGGAACUUUCAACAUAUUCUGUCAUGAUCGUCUCCUCAGCUGCUCCGACGAACCCAGGCGACCUCAAGUGUCCGUCCACCGACGACGCUAUCGAACGACAGGUGGGUCGCACUCUUUGGUUGGUAGUCGGAGUGAUGAAAAUAUUUGCUGUCGGCGACACGCCGCUUCGGUCAGAAAAAAAGGACGAUCAAAUCUAUAUGUAAUUUGCAUCUGAAGCUGCAUAAUAAUGAAUCAUCUUUUUCUGCCUUUAUUAAGGAUUUUGUUGCAACUAGGUGGCACAGAGCUCCCGAAUUGUGUGGCUCUUUUUUCUUUAAGUAUACACCUGCCAUUGACAUUUGGAGUGUUGGCUGCAUAUUUGAUGAACUUUUCACUGGGAAACUAUUAUUUCCUGGUAAAAAUGUGAUUCAUCUUUUAGACCUGAUGGCUGAUCUGUUGGGCACUCCACCUCCUGAAACCAUUGCAAGGAUAAGAAACAAAAAGGCUAGGAGAUACUUAAGUAGCAUGAGAAAGAAGAAGGCGAUUCCCUCAAAUUGCCGAAUACUGACCCAUUGGCCCUAUGAUUGUUAGAAAGAAUGCUCGCUUUUGACCCGAAUGAUAGACCUUCUGCCAAAGAGGCUCUUGAAGAUCUAUACUUCCGGCACCUGGCUAGGGUUGAGAGAGAGCCUUCAACACAACCAGUGAUCAAAAUGGAAUUUGAAUUUGAAAGGAGAAGGAUCACAAAAGAUGAUGUCCAAGAGUUGAUAUAUCGCGAAAUUCUUGAAUAUCACCUGAAGAUGUUGAAAGAGUACCUGGAGGGAGCUGAACCCACGAGUUUUAUGUAUCCGAGUGUCGUUGACAAAUUCAAGAAGCAAUUUGCAUUUCUUGAAGAGCGUUACCUGCUUAAGUUCCGCCAAGUAUCCAAGAGGAGCUUCAAGGCCUGGAAAAUCAUUGGCCCAAUGUUACGUUACAACACUUGUGGGGCCCCACCAGAACCAUCGACCAGACAACAGAUGAGUGAAAAACAACAAGAAACCCUUGCCUCCCAUCCCACCAUUGAGAGAUACUGGAAGAACCGUGAGAAAGCGUGGUAGGCCUAAAAGACGGCCUUAAACAAAAAAUAAGAGCUCCUGGUGCGAGAGCAUGUUGUUGCAGCUGGCAAGGAUUCGACUGAGCUCGGCCGCAACCGGCGAACACACUCCACGUGCUUUAAAUUCUUGACCCAUCUAUCCAUAUUCAACAAGCGUCAUUAAAGGGUUUUUCAUCUUCUUUUUUUUCCUGCUUUUGAUUAUAUUUCAUUCUUUUUCUUGAAAUAACAGAGAGAUUAUAUUUGUUGCCGUGAUGUUCAAAGAUUUGUACAGAAAUGGGGCAAAUGGAUUAAAACACUGAAAGGGACGAAUUCAUUUAGCUAGCAUUUUUAUGUUGCAUUCGCUUCAUACUUUUAUGUUGCCAAAGAGGCCAUCUUUAGCUAUGUUCUUAGCAUAUAUUUCUCAAUGUCUGUUAAAUCUAUGUUCCCCUGCUAAUUUUAUUACCUUUUUUUUUCACUUUGUUUAAAAUAUGUUUUUUUCCAAAGG